CACUAAGUGUGAACUGCUCUCCAUUAGAACAACCUAAGUGGUUUACACGAUUGAUCCACUCAGAUGAGAUUUUUCCCUACUUUAUACUGCAUUUUAUAGGCAGUAUGAAUGUAGGUCACCGUAUAAUAUUGGUGAAUAUCAUAACAGUGAAAACUUAGCUUAGCAAUGGAGGAAAAUUCUUAGAUUUAAGAUUAAAGUUUAUGAGAUUUAUGCAAGUAAUGUUUUGUUUUUCUUUAAAGAAUCUGAGUGAGCUUUGUCUAUAUACAGAAAUACUGACUUUGUGAUGGAAUCAUUUGGACCUAGAAGGCCAAGAUGCCCUAACUGGACUGAACAGGAUAAGAUUAUUUUGGUGAAGAAUAUAAGAGCCAGAAAAGAGAUACUGUUAGCUAAGAAUAAAGGGGAUGCCAACAUGAAGGAUGCUAUAGGAAUAGCCUGGCAGGAAGUUCUUACUGCCCUUAAUGCGGAAACCCAUUUUCCAAGAACUCUUGAGCAAGUCAAAAAACAGCAUGAGAAUCUCAAGCUAAGAGCUAAACAGCUGUAUAUGGAUAUGUUAAACUGUCCUGCUACUGUAAAACCUCAUAUAGUAUCUCCAGCCAUGAAGUUAAUGAUGGAAGACUUCGCUGAGGGGGAUGAGGAAUUCCUAAACCCAACACCCAUAGCCAACAGAGUACUGCUGCCUAAACUGCCAACUACAAUACCUAUUACAUUGUCCCCUUUAAAUCUGCCACCAGUACAGAGUGUAUCAGCUCCGUCCACAGUGAAAUAUGAAAGUGAUGACUCUAGCACCAACACAUCAAUGACAGAUGAUGCUGUACAGAACCACAGUAUCAGUAUUCAAGGAAAUAAUGCAAAAUUUAGUUCUUUCAAAGGUGCAACCUCGGACAAUCUUGGUAACCCAAAUCCUAAGAAAAGAAAACUUGAGAGCCAGUCUGAUACGUUACUAGAAACUACUGAACUUGAAAAAAUGAGAGCAGAAACAGAAAAGUUUAAAGCUGAAACAGAACUUAUUUACCAAAGAAAAGAAUACGAGUUUGCUAUAUUUGAAUUAAAGAGGCAAGUCCUAGAAGCAAAGUUGGAAUAUUAUACCAAAGCAAAUGAGAAAAGAGCAAUAUCGGAAGAAGCAAUAAAUGUGAAUGCUACAGACAAAAAUAUCAAAUCUCCUUAUACAUCUGAAAAAGAUGAAAGUGAUAAAGAUAAAGAAUAAAUAACUUAUAUUUUUCAGCA